AUGGCGGCAUCUGAUGAUCAAGUGCAAAAAUCCAGGUGAGUAAAUUAAGCUACUUGGCCAAGGUUUGAGCUGCUUUGAUUCUUCAUUCUUAUCAAAAUUAUGCAUUAUGUUUUACCUCUCGUUUCCCGUUGUUCCACUCUAGGCCGAUGGAGUGGAGCGAAGAACAUGAUAUGCUUUUUCUGAGAGAAAUGCUAGCAAGAAAUGUUUUUGGAACAAAGAAAGGAAGUCCCGCUCGUGGACUGGCUUGGAAAGCGAUAGUCGACAGUCUGAAUGAAAUCCACUCUCCAAAAUUCCAACUGAAGGAUCAAAAAGCUGUACGAGAACGGUGGAACCUUCUCCGAAAAAAGUUCAGCAAAAAGAUGAGCGAGGAAGAGAAGGCAAGUGGGAUUUAUGUGGAAGAGUUAACGGAGAAGGAAUCACUGAUCGAGGAGUUAGUGGAGAGAGAAGAUACCAUACAAGCAAAGGCUGAAUCAGCAUCGAAACAGCAACUCAAGGACAACGAGACUGCGGAAGAUAUCAGGAAAAAAGCGAUGGAGAGCCUUUAA